AAAGUGAGAGAGAAUAGUGAAAAGUGUGAGAAGAAAAAAUUGCCAUAGAAGAAAACUGCGUUUGUUCUCAUGUUACGAGAUAAAGUUUUUCUUAAACAAAGAGAUUAGAAGAAAAUCCACUGGGAUUAUUACUGCAGUGUGUUAAAGAAUUAAACCUUCACAGCUUCAAACGAAGAAAACGCAAUCGUUGCAGUCAAUAAUGUUUUCCGGAUUAACGAAUCAAGUUAGCUCGUGGAUUGGAGCAGCAAAAGGCGAGCCACAGGAUGAGGAGGUGCCAACUCCCCCAAAUUCUGCAGCAACAGCGAUGACUACAGCUCCAGCCACAGUCGGUACCACAGAAGCCCCAGCGGCAUCCGCGGCGGCAGAUGAAGGUGAUAAAAGCCCAACAAAAACUGGCGUUUUCUCAGGCGUUUCUUCUAAGGUGACAGGUUGGCUCGGGAAUGCAUCCAUCCCCUCAAUGCCAGCGAUGCCAUCCAUGCCAACGGUUUCAAUGCCAGCGAUGCCCGCAAUGCCUUCCAUGCCCUCGAUACCCGGUCUGCGAAAGGCCAACACAACGGACGAGAACGGAGGCAUUGCAAACGAGGGCCUAAUCACAUCGCCAGAAAACACGAAUCAAGCCGUUGCCGGAUCGACGGACGCAGCCGACGAGGAAGACCGGUCCAGGUAUAUUAGUGCUACCGGAGGGGCAGAUUCACGUCCUGCAACAGGGCCAGGAACACCAACGGAGGAAAACGCCGGUCAAAUUGGACAAGUUACUCACAAAGUCACAGCUGGAGCAAAAUCGAUCGGAUCGUUCCUGUAUUCUUCGUUCAAUAAGGCUGGCGAUAAGAUUAAACACUUGAAGGAUAACACAAUUCUCGGUGAAUUCAACAAAGAGCAAGAAGCAUUUAUCAAGAAUCAGCAGGGAGCUGGCGGCCCCAGCGUUUGUCCCUGGGUAAAGGGCCAUUCAAAUGAAGCUAAAAUCAAAGAGGAAAUCCUCAGUCUAUCGGCGGAUCGCCGAAACUAUGUUCGACCACCACCAGCCGGGGUUGAGUUUGAGUUCGAUUACGACCAAUCAUAUCCAGUUUCGUUAGCCAUCAUGAAUGAAGACAAAGAAUUAGAAAAAAUGCGAUUUGAAUUGGUACCUAAAAUUAUUACGGAGGAGAACUUCUGGCGCAAUUACUUCUACCGCGUCUCUCUGAUAUGCCAAGCUGGAGAUCUAGGCACUCUAGGUGAUAACAACGAGUUCGUCAAACGAGGUACCAGUGAAGAUCCAGAGGAACCACCAGCAAGUCUCAAGAAGGGUGAUAAACCUGUAGCCUGUGCGAUGAGCAAUGCAAACCACAAACUGCCCGUUGCCACUAACCGAUCAGAGUUUGUAUCGGAUUCGUUUAAGGCGACCGAAGAAGAGUUAGAAGAAGUUCGAGCUGAUAUGAAAAAACUUGGUAUUGAUACUCUUGUUAAACAGGCGAACGAAAGCAUCAGAAAUGUUACCGGCAAAAGUGGUAACAUUGCAGAUACGGUUAAUUUUUGA